UUAACCUCCCUGGAGGUAUUCCCGAGUGUAGCUCGGGGUAAAGUUUCAGCACCACAAACGGUAACCCCGAGCUACACUCGGGAAUACCCUGCAGAGUUGCUCCAGGAUCUCUUCUGCACUUACCUUGUCCUUCUCUCCCGUGAUGUCCCCCAUGCAUCGUCCCCGGCCAUCUCCUUCGGCCGAUGCCCGCACCUGUCUUCCGGGUUCCGUUCACUGCGAUGUCGGGACGUACGGGGGACGUAACUGGCUGGAAAUUUAAAAUUUUUAAAAAGUGACAU